GGGUUGUUUACGGUAGGUUACCUGACCUAAUCUAUGCUCGGCCGUCUCCUUCAGCUCAUACUCGUCGGUGUUGCCUUAUCCCGCGAUCCCGAUGGUACAUAUACUAAGAACGUGCCUGAUCCUUACCUGACAUUGACAUAUACGUUCUCAAACGAUGCUCAAAGAGUGGAGAUUACUGCCUCUUGUGGGACGGGUGUCAGACCAAUUAGCGGCACUUUCCCUGUCACUAAGACGCAUACUUCGGUGUACUUGGUUGGUACCGUAAGUCGUGAGUGGACCACCUUCACGAGCUCCUUUGUGGCCAGAUGCGAGAAGUACACUCCUCUGCAGGCACGUGAUUUCUCAUAUAUAGUGUAUGAGGCCAAGUUCGAUCACCCGACUGUUCGGGUCAAGGGUAUCAAAUUCACACUAAUACACAAAGAACCUCCUUCCCAUUAGUUGAUUUUGUUCCGACAGGAGUACCCUCAACGUACCAGUCGCUUUGAAUGAGCACUAUUCAGACAUUUGUUGGUCGUCCAAUCUCUGAUUAUGAAGAGAGUACGUUGAAUAUCCCUGAGUGGUCCAUCUCCAGUUCUGGGAGCUUUAUCAUGCAUCACGGUGACCUCGACUCCUCGAGUGUUAUACUAUUCGUAGUUAUUUCAUUGAGACUAUGAAUAUUGAUGAUGCUGCUGAAGCAUAGCUCCACACCUCAGUCAUAUGUAACAUUUAUCUCUCUCGCCUUCGCUUUCGUAGUAGGCAAUGCUUACUGGUAAGUGGAUCGGAAAUCUAUUUCACGCCCUACCUUGUAUUCCCUGUAUGUCCGUGUACUACUGUUAUACUCGGACCCAAGCUCUUUCAUAGAUUCUUCUCUCGAUGUCAUCAACAGGAGGAUGCCUCUCAUCGUGGCUACUUAUAGUACUAUGGACGCAUUCUUGCAUACGUACCCCUUCGUUCGACGCUGUACGCGGGAAGUUUCCGCCGGAAACACAUUGCUCCCUUUGCCUUACGACCGGUACAAUGGAUUAUGUACUUCACCUCCUC